AAAACAUGGAAGAGCUCUUAUUGAAGUCGAAGUCUUCUUCCGGCUCAUCUUCUUCCGCCUCCUGUGGAGCAGCAGGAGAACUCCUUGUUGAUGAUGCAGCAACUGCUGCUAGUGCUAGUCAAACUCAAAAGCACGCAACUUCAGGAUUCAAGGUGUUUGAUACAGCCACUAGAGCUACUUCUAGCCAAACAGAUCGUGCGUCAAACGUGAAAGAGCCACGUUUGGAAAAUGUUGGCUUGGUGUGGAGUGCUUUGCCACUCUACGGUACAUCGCCCUUAGCCUGGUCAGAGUUUUUGAACGAAAAGGGAGUUGGAUUUUCUGCGCUCAGUAUUGCGGUGAAAUCAACAGAUGUUGUCUUU